UUUAUCACGAACCGGUCCGGUCCCGACCCCAGUUGCUGGAACUAAAACCAAAAUCGCGAAUCACGCCGGGCGCGCACAUUAGAAAGAUCCCUAGUCACCUCUCUCGUCGAACAAGCGGGAGUCUGCAAGAGUUGCUACCCUCUGUUCCCUUCACUUUGAUCUCUCAGGACAGAGAGAGAGAGAGAGUGAAUGAAGAGGAGAUGAGCAGCAGAGAAUGAAGAAGCCAGCGCUGGUUAGGGCAUUUUCAGAAGCCCUAACCCUAGUCCGCUCCACUUAUCUCCUCACUCGGCCAUUUUCCUCUGCAACACCAUCGACCUUCUCUGUGAAGAAAGUCACGAAAACCAACUUCGAGUCCGCACUCGAAGAUCUCCGUCGCCAUGUCCGAGACGCUGACUUUGUCUCCUUCGACCUCGAAAUGACUGGAGUUACCAGCGCGCCGUGGCGGGACUCCUUCGAAUUCGACCGCUUCGAUGUCCGGUACCUCAAAGUGAAGGACUCUGCCGAGAAGUUUGCCGUCGUUCAGUUCGGCGUUUGCCCCUUUCGUUGGGAUGCUUCCAAGGAAUCAUUUGUUGCUCAUCCCAGGCAUAACUUUUAUAUAUUUCCUCGCAAAGAGCUUACGGUUGAUGGUCCAGCUUAUGAGUUCCUCUGCCAGACAUCCUCAAUUGACUUCUUGGCUAAGCAUCAAUUCGAUUUCAAUGCCUGUAUACAUGAAGGAAUAUCUUAUUUAUCCAGAGCACAAGAAGCUGAAUCAUUGCGUUGCUUGAAUUUGGCACAUGGUGGUGAGAUAUCUAAUUCAGGAUCUCACUUGGAGGAUUUCAAAGACAUACCAUUGGUCAGAACUGCAGAUAUUCUGUUCACUGAGCGGAUGAAGAACAGAUUCAGUGAAUGGCGUGAUGGGUUAUUAUGCAGCACAACUAGGCAAUCUCAACUGGAGGGGCAGAUAAAGGAUUCAAAACAACAACUUCAGACAGUGUUCUUCAAGAUGCGCCCAGCUCUUACAUUGAAUGGAUUCACUUCUCAUCAAUUGAGAUUGAUUCAGCUGGUCAUAAGAAAGCAUUUCAAAGAUCUUGCUUAUGUUCGUGUGUAUGGAGACGACUCCUCUGAACAAAAACUAGUAGUGUACACAGAUUCUGAGGAUGAUAAGGAUUUGCUAUUGAAACAUUUAAAAGACGAGUUUUUUGAGCAAAAAGAGAGAAAGGUUAAAAAUGCAUUAGGCUUUCGCCAAGUUAUCGAUCUCCUUUCCUCGGAGAAGAAGCUGCUUGUUGGUCACAAUUGUUUCUUAGAUAUUGCACAUAUAUACAACAAAUUUUUUGGUCCACUUCCUGCAACUGUAGAAGAGUUUGUAUCCUCUGUUCAUGAGAACUUCCCAUACAUCAUUGACACAAAGCACCUCUUGAAUGUUGAAAGUGUAAUUCAGCAUCUGAUGAAGAAGAAAAGCACAUCAUUAUCUUCAGCCUUUUCCCUUUUAUGUCCACAGAUUGCUUUCGCUUCCAGAAGUUCUGCUUUGGCUUCUCACCCCUUUGUGAAAGUUGAGGUUCAAGUGGACGAAAUGAGGUCCUCCAACUGGAAUUCUGGUGCCAAGCAUGAAGCUGGCUAUGAUGCUUUUAUGACUGGGUGCGUCUUUGCCCAGGUUUGCAGGCAUCUAGAUAUUAACUUCCAGGUCCUUUCCCUGCCCACAGAAUUGGUUAACAGUGAGAAGCUCCAGAAGCAUAUAAACCUUCUAUACCUCAGCUGGAACAAUGGAGAUGUCAUCAAUCUGAGCAGUAGAGACAUUUCCUCACAAUCUUUUGUUUCUCAUAACCACAUACGACGAUACCCGAAGAUUGUCUUUUCAAAUAUUGUCUUAAUCUGGGGAUUCCCUUCCAAGCUCAAGCCAGGAGAGUUAAGAGAGUGUGUCACUAAAGUAUUUGGUCCAGGUUCUGUCACCUCCAUCUACUACUUGGACAAAACUGCCGCAUUUAUUCAGUUUAACAAAGAAGAAUUUGUGUUUGAUUUCCUUGUCUUGAAGGAAACGUUGGAAAGAAAUAAUGAUCCAAUCUCGAUUUUGCACCCUCUCUCUAAGCUAUUGGAAGGUGGGAAGACUGGUGCUGCCACUUAUGAGGUUUAUAAAGAGAUUUGUAGAUCUUCCAUUUCUCAAGUAUUAUUUGCAGAUCAGGCCCAAGAGGUUGGUGUUAGUCUGAAGUCUGAAGUAGUGGAAUCAAGGGAGGAAGUGGGCAAUCAAGAAUUUCAUAGUUUGGGUAGAGGAACUGGAACUCAGAAGUCUAAUUCCAAAAUUUCUUCCAAAUUGUAUGGUCCAUAUCACCAUCUUUCAUCUGAUAAGGUUAUGGAUGCUUUGUAUGUAGCCGAAUCUAAUAUUGAAGAAAAACGAGCUAUAACUGCUAAUUUGUAAGUCAUCACUCGAUAAUUCAUUUAUUCUCUUGUAUUUUUAUUUAUCAGGCAAGUUCAAGGCCAGAAGCAUGGUCUUGCAGUAA